UGGGUUUGCAUUUUGACAUGGAUUAUGGUUACCCUAAAGCGUAGUGGCAUCCAUAAUUUCAUUCCUUUUCCAUUCCCCAUUCCCAUUCCAUCUGUCUUAAAUGAAUCUGUCGUCUUCCCUGCGCUUUCCAAAAUAAAAGAUCUCCGCGGUGACAGCGAGCGAUCUGCACCAGCAGCAGUCAGGCGGACGACGAAGAUGGGGGAAGCGAAGACGGUGCACUCCCUUUUUGUCACUUGCACUUUCAUGAUCUCGAUUUUCACGCUAUGCCCUCCCUUCGUCAUCCUGCUAUGGUAUACAAUGGUUCAUGCCAAUGGCUCAGUCCUGCAAACCUUUGAAUAUGUUGAGAAACAUGGAUUACAGGGUCUCAAGGAUAUCUGCCCUGCACCUUCCCCCAUUGCAUGGAAAAUAAUUGCUUGUUUUGGUGCUUUUGAAGCCAUACUCCAGCUUGCGCUUCCUGGGAAGAGGGUUGAAGGUCCUAUAUCUUCUGCUGGGAAUGUACCUGUCUACAAGGCAAAUGGCCUACUAGCUUAUGCUGUAACAUUAGUAACUUAUAUCAGCCUUUGGUGGUUUGAAAUCUUCAACCCUGCAAUUGUGUAUGAUCACCUGGGAGAAAUUUAUUCAGCACUUAUUAUGGGAAGCUUAGUGUUCUGCAUUUUGUUAUACCUGAAAGGUCAUUUGGCACCAUCUUCUUCUGACUCUGGUUCAUCAGGAAAUUUUAUAAUUGAUUUUUAUUGGGGCAUGGAACUAUAUCCUCGUAUCGGUAAGAACUUUGAUAUCAAGGUUUUUACAAACUGCCGAUUUGGUAUGAUGUCCUGCGCUGUUCUUGCUAUCACAUAUUGCAUCAAACAGUAUGAAAUGAAUGGAGGAGUAUCCGAUUCCAUGCUGGUGAAUACUGUGUUGAUGCUUGUCUAUAUCACUAAAUUCUUCUGGUGGGAAGCUGGGUACUGGUGCACUAUGGAUAUAGCACAUGAUAGAGCUGGAUUCUACAUCUGUUGGGGAUGCUUGGUAUGGGUUCCCUCAAUCUAUACUUCUCCAGGGAUGUACCUUGUUAAUCAUCCUGUUCAUCUUGGUACUCAACUUGCACUUCUCAUACUUGCAUCGGGACUUCUUUGCAUCUAUGUUAAUUACGAUUGUGAUAGACAAAAGCAAGUGUUCCGCAGAACCAAUGGGAAGUGUUUGAUUUGGGGGAAAGCUCCAUCAAAGAUAGUUGCUUCGUAUAAGACUGAGAAAGGCGAGACGAAAACUAGCCUUCUCCUGUCUUCUGGAUGGUGGGGUCUAUCUCGUCACUUUCAUUACGUGCCCGAGAUAUUAGCUGCAUUCUUUUGGAGUGUGCCAGCACUUUUUAACCAUUUCCUACCUUAUUUCUAUGUGAUAUUUCUCACCAUGCUGCUCUUGGAUCGUGCAACAAGGGAUGAUGAUCGAUGUUCGACCAAGUAUGGAAAAUACUGGAAGACGUACUGCAACAAGGUGCGACAUAGGGUCUUACCCGGGAUCUAUUAGGUUUUUUUUGCUUGGUUGGAUCAACAUGGCUAAAUUCUUAGCUCAUGCACGCUGAGAUAAAUUAGAUAAUAAAAGCGGUAUCCCCGCAGUCCAAUUUUAUGUAACAAGAUGUGCUGCUCCCUGUGAGUCAUUCCUUUGUGGCAAAAGAUGAAUACGCUCGUCUCCAGCGUCCCCGUCAAUCCAUCCCAGGAUCAAUCCCUGUGAGUCAUCCCUGUACCAUAUGCGGCAUGCUAAAAUGCAAGCCUCGGCAAACCAAUUUUAAUGGGGCGUUGUUUACCGUUUAUGCAUUCAUAAGGUUUAUGCAAUGCUAUAUUAUGCUA